AUUUUUUGGUUUACUAUUUUUCUGUAAUUUCUUCUCUUGUGUACAUUUUAAUUAGUUUAAAAAUACUUUUAUGCACUAAAAAAUUUUGAAAAUCUUAUUAUAUGAUCCAAUGAUGCUCUUUGACCCAUGUUACGUGACAUUUCAGUACCAUUAAUGUUACUUCAGCUUUUUUGGAAAGGAUUUUGAGAAAAAGGUCAAUGGUGCAUGCGUCGGUUAACAUAAAAGACCAACAUGUAACGAAAAAAGACUAGCUGGUUACAAUUAAAACAUAAAGGACUAACUUGUUACAAUUAAAAAACUUAAAGGACCCAAAAGAUAAUUUAGCCUUAAUAUAAUACCGUUAUUCUAUUUUAUGUUUAAUAUUCCUAAUUGCUAACCACUACCCUCUUGUGGUUUAUAAAUUUAAAGGAUCAAUUCAAUUGUUACAUUACAUGGAAAAAAAAAAGGAUUUAUUUCCAUUGAAAAAAUUUUGUUCAAACAAAUGGAAAGAAAAUGGUAGUCAAGUAGCUAUUGAGUCCAUCCUAGAAAAAAGAACAUCGUACUAAGAAACCAACUAUUAAUGGUUAGACAACGCACACAAAAAACAAACCAAAGAACCUAUUGAUGAUUUGAUGUUACAAAAAGCAAAAGCAUAAGCAAAGGAAACAAAAUUUAUAUAUAUGUACAGGUGUAGGAACAAUAAGCAAACUAACUGCCAACACCAAACGAGGUACGAUUGAAUUAUCUAUCUAUCUAUCAAGAAGAAUAUCAUAAUGCCUAGGAAAAUGGUCGAUCCUCAUGUUGUAGGAAGUGUGAUAGGAGAUGUUUUGAACCCUUUAACAAACUCUGUGUCUUUGAGUGUUGUCAUCAAUAACAAAGAAAUUAGCAAUGGCUGUCUUUUGAAACCCUCUCAGUUGGUUAACCGUCCAAGGGUUAAUGUUGGUGGUGAAGAUCUAAGGACUUUCUACACAUUGGCUAUGGUGGAUGCAGAUGCACCUAGCCCUAGUAACCCUUUUUUGAGGGAAUACUUGCAUUGGAUGGUGACGGAUAUUCCAGCCACAACAAGUGCAAGCUUUGGGAAAGAGGCAGUGUUUUAUGAGAGCCCAAAACCUUCAGCAGGGAUUCAUCGAUUUGUGAUAGUAUUAUUCAAACAACUGGGAAGAGACACAGUUUUUGCUCCAGAAUGGCGUCAUAAUUUCAACACUAGAAGCUUUGCUGAGAUCAACAAUCUUGUAAUUGUUGGAUCAGUUUAUUUCAACUGUCAAAGAGAGCGUGGUUGCGGUGGAAGGAGGUGUUAAAAGAAACAAGGUGGGGGUUAGUUCAUUGUAACAUUACAAAUAGCCAGCGGUAUUAUAGAUGUGAGGUGUUAUAUAUAAUGGCUUUGAGAUACUUACUAACAAGAAAUGUUGGAAUUUGUAAUGAGUCUCCAACCUUAUUUUGCAAUGUUAGUUUUGAUUAAAUGCCAUGAAGCUUUAUUUAGAGGCUUUCAAUUAAGGGUAAGAAGACAAUACAUAGUAAGUGGAGAUCAAAUGGAUUACUACUGCCUUAAUUAGAAUUCCCCCACCAACUAUGGACAGCUGAUUUUCCCUUCAACGUUUAAGUUUUUUCCAAACCUUCAAUAACAAAUCAAAAACUUGUUUCUUUAUCUUUGCAAUGGAGAUAAGUAGAGUCUUCAUGAGUACGGAUCCAUCACUUAAACCAACUUAACUCUCAUAGCAUCUUGAUAAUUGUAAUAAGCAAC